CACAUGAUCCGCCCUGACAGAGCCUCGUCAGUAGUGAGCAGCACCCUCCAGCUGGACGACCAGAUUAGGUCACGUCACGUGACGGGCUCUUUCGCCUUUUCCCGCUUAGUUCAAAAGCGCCACGUCACAGGGGGAAGCUGGAGAACGUGUCUAUCCAGGCACUCUGAGAUGGUGAAGAAAGGACGGACAAGUCUCCGCAGGAUCGAGAUGGGAGGACAUCCUGGUGAUCCUUAUGGUACUGAACUGGCCCAGGAGCUUGAGAUUCAGUCUCUGGAAGAGUUCCAGGAUAAAAACCAGAAGCUGAGGAAGAUUUGGGUUGGAAAUCUGCUUCUGUAUUCCAUCAUUUUGUACCUGGUGACUUUUUUGGUUGUUUACAAGUGGUAUCUUCCUGAUGGAUUGCCAGCAAAACUCCUGGUUUUAGUUCCAUUUCUGCUUUUUCCCGCAUUAAUAUGGGCAGCAAGAACGGUUCUCAUUGUAUGGUUCUCCAAACGUACCAAAAGAAAUAAUGAGGCACUGGAAGAGUUAAGAGCAAAGAAGAAGAAGAUUCUUGAAGAAGUGAUGGAGAAAGAAACUUACAAGACGGCUAAGCAGAUUCUGGAAAGGUUUGAUCCAGACUCAAAGAAGGCCAAGGAGCUUGAGAUCAUUGCUGCGGCUGCUGCUUCUUCCCCUCAUACUCCAAGACCGGGCCAAGAUCUACGCCAGAGGACGGCAGCUCAAAGGAACUUAAGUGUGUCUACCCCAGUAAACCCCAACCAGGGAUCUCCACAAGUUCCAGGGCUGCUGGCGGCAACUCCGGGUCUUCAAAGGGACACCUCAGCUCCUGGUGGACCCCCUGAGCGGACUGUUCAGCCAGGAUUACAGUCAACCCUCGUACUGAGACGCCCUGGAACGCUUUCUCCUGCCAUAUCUGGAAUGGCUAUCCAUCCACCGGGACCUUCAUUGGCAAGACCAAUUCUUCCGAGAGAGAGGGGUGCCCUAGACAGAGUUAUCGAAUAUCUGGUUGGAGAUGGUCCCCAGAACAGGUAUGCCCUGAUAUGCCAGCAAUGUUUUUCUCAUAAUGGAAUGGCACUCAAGGAAGAAUUUGAGUAUGUUGCAUUUAGGUGUGCUUACUGCUAUUUCCUUAACCCUGCAAGAAAAACCCGUCCACAAGCACCACGACUUCAAGAACUGAACCUAGAGAGAAGGCCAAGAAUGGAGUUACAGGAUUCUGCUAGCACUAUGCAAGCUGCUUCAGAUGAGGUUGAAAACCAAAGUUCUUCAGAUCCAUCAGAGGAAGGAGAGACCCCAAGUCCUUUAGAGCCUGAGGAUGUUGUAGAACGUGAGGAGGCUCCAUGCACUGAUGACUUACCUGGUGAUGCAGAAACAGGCGAAACCCUAGAAAACGCAGCCAAGACGCCAAGUGAUGUCAAUAUAAAUGAAAGUGAAGAUUCUUUUAUGGACACAGAGUGAAUGUCACAUGUGCCUUCAUUAGUUUAUGGCAGCUUACUUAUCACAAGUUGAUGGCUUCUAGUGGGAUCCCAUAAGUUACACACCAUUCAAGUCAUCUUAGCUCUGCUCACUACCAGAAAUUUGUGGCACAUUUAUGAAACGUGUACUGCCAUAUAGCACUUGGGAAAGUAUACUUGGCAUUUAACCUUUUUGUCCUGCUAGAGUUGGCCUAAAUGUGCUGCUGGUCUGAUAACCUAGCAUGAAGAAAAUGUACACAAACGUUUUUAUUUUUGAGUAUUUUAAGGUAAUAAGCUUUCAGGUUUAUUUAUUUUACAUAUUGUAGUGGAAACGCUGGGAAAUUUUAGUUAAACUGAUUUUGUACCAGGGAUAUAUUCUAAAUUGCAAAUGUAUGUGAAAUGUCUGGAUGGAAACACGGACCACUAUUGUUAUGUACAGUGUCUGCUUGCUGCACAAACCUCUCCAAGGAAAAUGUCUUUUUAUUAAAUUAACAGAACACGCAACAGUAUUUAUAAUGCAGAUUCAGCAGGAAAUGUCUAGGUGUCAUUCUGGGACGGUACAGACCAGAUACAUGUAUUUGCAGUUUGAGUCAUGUUUACAUAAUGUAACAUAGAAAGAGCUUUAAUUGUACUUGAAUACUGAGCUAUAUUUAUACUUGUACAAUGAUAGUUCACAAGUCAGUUGUUGUGCCUUGUGUGUUUGUGUGUGGUUUUUUUUGUGUUACUUGUAAAUAAAGUCUGAUUUA